AUGGACCUGGGUGACAACUACCCUCGAGGAGUUAAUCUUUGGGAUGCUUGGUACUACCAGUGGAGCAAUGACAACUAUCUCUACACGGAAUUGGCACAUCCCGGUCUUCAUGAAGUGGAUGAUACCGUGCUGGUCUUCUUCGCUGGAGAGAAGCCGCCCUUGGACAAUUCUCUGGUGGGCAAGGCAAUGAACGUCGCACGCAAUGUUGCUUGGGUGAAGAUCUCUCGGGAUUUGCAGAAUAGCUCAGUCUUAUCCCCGGGCGAGGAGGAGAUUGGGGGCUUCUACACCUUUGGUGGUUCGUUUUCUGAGCAGACGAACCGCGGAAUCAGCUUCCUGACAUCCUACACGGACCUGUCCCAAAGUGUAAGCCGGUUGAAGACGGCAGCAAUCAACGGGCAAAUUGUGCUGCUUUGGGAAAUAUGGUCUUCCUCUUCAUACAACAGGACAGAGUUUAUGGUCAUUGACACAAAAGGUCAGAUCCAAGGAUCUUGGCCCUUAACGUCACUUAGCUUUCCGUUUGAGCUUCCCUUUGCGGACGAUGUGGUGGUCAAGAACGGCAGAGUGGUGACUUACGUUGCCAGGUUGCAUUUUGUGCCGGACACUGAGAGAAGACUACUAGUAGCGUCCUUGUUACUAGUAGUAAGGCACUUGUUACUAGAAGCGAUGCACUUGUUACUUACUAGUAUCUUGGUGCAUGCAGAUGACCGUACCCUUUGUCCAGGGUGUACCGCUAGGAAGGGCACGUUACACGUCGCGACCGUCGCGAUCGUCGCGAAUCGAUUCUGA